CAAGAACGCAAACCCGAGUUCUCUUUCUCACUCGGCCUCUGAUAUCUUUCCCAGAACUCAUCCACCACACCCCAACCCACGAAAACCAACCCAAAACCAAAACCCAGCAACCAUGCUCCCGCAAACCCUCCUCCUCAGCACGCUCGGCCUCCUGGCGACCAGCGCCCUAGCCAUCGAGUUCAGCGUCAUCAUCUCCACCGCCGGCGACGACUGCGACCACAGCUUCGGCUCCUCGGACUACCACUACCUGGAGGUGGACGGGUCGCAGACGAUGGAGGUGCUGACGACGGCGCAGUGCCUGGCCGUGGGCGAGGACGAGUACGACGUCGACAUCGGCUGGUCCAACCUUAGCGGCCAGGACUAUGUGCCGCCCAUCUACGCUUGCCCGGACAGCAGCUGUUCCAGCGGCUGCGCCCUGCUGUGGGCCGCCACCAAGUCCAGCAGCACCCAGUGGACCAGCUCGUGCGAGCACGCGUACAACGCCCCGUAUCUACUGGUGGAUGGGAUGCAGAACCAGUGAUUUGUCUCGGUCUUUCGUCAGGGUUAAGUUCGUUUGGACUUUGGGAGUGGAUGGAAUUGUGAGUGGUUUGGAGAGGAUGCUGGGUGAGAUGUUGGCAAGGGACAAGCGUUAUGUGGCAAGAUCUGCUGCGUGCGUCAAUCGAAGGAUUCUUAUUUCAGUCUGCUUCUGCGU